AUGUCUUAACUUAUUUAAGCAUCAGUUUAAUUCAGUUUUCCAAAAGCAAAUAGAUUUUAAAGAAUACAUACACAUUGUCAAACAGACUACUAUGAACCAAAUUAUUUUCGUUGUAAUAGAGCUGCUGGAUUUGGAUAUGGAAAAAAAUUUGAUUUUACAAAAAAUCAAUUAUAUACAGAAACUUAUUAUGAUCCAACUAGUUCCUUUUCUAAACAAAAAGGGACAACGUUUGGAUUGGGAAGAGAUGUUGUUAAAAAUCAAGGAUAUUAUAAAUAUAAUUAAAUACAAGAGCCUGGGGCUUAGAAUAAAAGUCCUAACAAAACUAUUGGUUAUUAAAUAGGUUAAAAUUAUUGUAAAACCUAAAAAACUUCUGAAAUACCUAGUUCUAGAACUUAUGAUCUGAAUUACUACAAGGAAAGAAGUAAAUCAAUCAAAAAAGUGCCUGAGAGAAUUUCAACUGAUUUUAUAUUUAAUCCAAGCAAAAGAGACUAAUAAAUUUAAUCAAAAUCUUGUUAAUCAAAAAGUAAAUUUGGAAAUGCUAAAAGAAAGUGUUUUAUUGAUGAUGCUGUUAGAGCUGCAGAAAAGAACGGAGGUAAUAAUCUGUUAGAAUAAAUUAGUUCCAGGACCAGGCAAUUAUGCUAAUAUUACCUAAUUCGUUUAGCUAGAUAAAUCAAGUAAGAGGCCAUCUACUGCUAAAAACUGA